CUUUGGGAGCUUCGAAGCUCAUAUAUCAUCGCCUCGAACAAACUUGUGCAAUCUUGAUUGAUUUCAUGAUUGACAACUUUACAUCACUUGCUAUUGCACGUUGGUAUACUAUUAGGAACGAGAUGAUUUUACGAAUACGAAACCAGAACUUGAUACAUUAAAUCUAGCCUAACUAAGACCACUCAAACCAACCCAAUCGGCGCGUCUUCAACACUUGUUGUACCAACCACACAAUUCUGAUGUGACCUAGACAUCUCGAGAAAGAAAGAAAAAAAAUAAAUAAAAAAUGUCUGGCAAAGCAACAAAACAGCCCCCGUACGAGCGGCGGCGCGGCGAGGCAGCACUGAGCGAGUUUGCCGAGUACGUGGAGCGGCAGCAGUCCCUCCGCUACCCGUCGUCGGUCACGGCCUCGACGGUGACGACGACGACGGGCUCGACUACCGAGCCUAGCAUCGCCGAGACGGACGACACGGAGCACCACGCCGAGCUCGACGACUUCCUCGACGCCCUCAACCUCUCCGAGACGACGGCGCCCCGACUCCGCCUGCGCGACCUGCUACUCUGCGCGCCUGACGACAAGGCCUCGCUGUCGCGGCUGGCCGAGGUGCUAAGGGAGCGCAUCGUGACCGAGCAUGGCGAGUUCGUCUUUGAGCUCGGCUUCGAGGACGGUGGUGGUGGCAGCCUGCGUCUGACCAAGGCCGAGUGGGACACGGCGUUGGAUAGGUUGCAGGCUACGGCUAGGUUGGUCAGCGCCGAGUGCCAGCUCUUGUUGACCAAGGGCGUUGGCGGGCCGUUGGAGGCCGAGUCCAGCACCGGCAAGGAGAAGGAGUGUACCGGUAAAGUCUUGAUUCGCCAGGCGCCGGCGACGGUGGAGCAGGUCAUUGAGACGAGGAUAGCGGUUGUUGGAAAUGUCGACGCUGGAAAAAGUUCCAUGCUGGGCGUGCUUGUAAAAGGCGACCUGGACGAUGGCAGGGGAAGGGCACGGGUCAACCUCUUCCGCCACAAGCACGAAAUCGAGACGGGAAGGACUUCAUCCGUCGGGAUGGAGAUCAUGGGCUUUGACACCACUGGAAAUGUCAUUACUAGUGACACGCCUGGUCGCAAACUAUCAUGGGAGGAAAUUGGCCGGCGAAGUGCCAAAGUAAUCACCUUUACAGACCUUGCCGGUCAUGAACGGUACCUGAGGACGACAGUCUUUGGAAUGCUGUCCAGCUCGCCAAAUUACUGCCUCUUGAUGGUUGCAGCAAACAAUGGCUUGAUCGGCAUGAGUAAAGAGCAUCUCGGUAUCGCGCUUGCGCUGAAUGUUCCGGUGCUUGUUGUUAUUACCAAAAUUGACAUAUGCCCACCGAAUAUUCUGGAGCAAACCAUCACGCAGAUCACUAGGAUUCUCAAAAGCCCAGGAGCACAAAAAGUGCCCGUUUUCAUCAAGAACCGUGAACAAUGCAUCAGCACAGCGACGCAGCUGGUGAGCAAAAGGAUAUGCCCAAUAUUCCAAGUAUCCAAUGUUACAGGAGAGAAUCUGGACCUGGUCCGAAUGUUUCUCAACAUCCUGCCUCACUAUGGGCGAUACGACCAGGGGGCUCGAUUCGAGUUCCACGUCAACGACACGUUUUCGGUCCCUUUUGUCGGGACUGUGGUCAGUGGUAUAGUGAAAUCCGGGGUGGUGCACGCUGGUGAUUCGGUUCUAGUUGGGCCGGAUUCUCUUGGCAAUUUCACCCCUACCAGCAUUAGGUCCAUCGAGAGGAAACGAAUCGGCGUGCCGGCGGCCUCUGCUGGGCAGUCGGCGUCGUUUGCGCUCAAAAAAGUGAAGCGUAAGGAUGUUCGCAAAGGCAUGGUAGUUCUCCCGAAAGUGGAGGGUGAAGCGCCGCCCAAGGUAUAUCGCGAGUUUGUCGCCGAAGUCCUGAUCCUGUCUCACGCAACAACUAUCAAGACGAAAUAUCAGGCCAUGCUGCACGUGGGUCCCGUCUCGCAGACGUGCGCUAUAAUAGACGUCGACCGGCCGUUUAUACGAACCGGCGACCGUGCCCAGGUGGCGUUCCGGUUCGUACAGCGGCCUGAGUACCUUGCUCCUGGGGACAGGCUUUUGUUUCGUGAGGGUAGGACAAAAGGUCUGGGUAUCGUCAAGAGCGUUGGGUAUGAUCCCAAACACCCAUUAGGGGGUCGCCCUGCAGAUGAGGACGUGGCGCCCACCGGCCAGGAGGGCGUCGCCGUCGCUUCGACGACGGAAGAAGGCUCUCGUGAGGAGGUCACCACUGCGUAAGCGAACGUUAUCACUUUGAGCAAGGGCGAGGUUCAUAGAGGCCGGCAUACAAGUACCUGCCUCAUUGCCUGAACAGUCAGGCGUCUUCUUUGGCCUAAUUUUUUCCACAUUUGGGCUUAUGACAGCCCGGCCAGGCUCUAUUCUUUCUAUUCAUAUUUUAAGUAUAUUCUUGCUGCUCUGUUUGUAUUUACGAUCGUGGGUACGGUUCUAUGUCCGUCUAGAUUUUGUUGGGUGGGGUUUUGUGUUCUUGCAUCCUUUAUUUGGUUUUGCUUUUCCCCCCUUUUUCUUUUCUUCUUUCACAUCGGACGCAUGUAUAGCCGCGGUUUCGGCUAGUUGAUAUUCGUAUUGAUAAUUCAUCUACUGCCAGGUGCCAGUUAUUACCCAACUCGAUCAAGAAAAAGGCUUUUUUUUUUUUUUUUUUUUUUUUUUUUUUU